AUGAUAUCCACACACUCGUUCAAGUCCCUCGUUCUAACCAGCCUCCUACUCCAAUUUGGCUGGUCUCCACUCGUUCACGCCGCACCCUGGAUAAUCACCGAAGCAAACCAAGUCGUGCCCAUAACAGAGCUCAGCUACGACUCAAACGAAGACUACAUCACAAAAGUAACCACUUCCAUCGAAGCAAUCAUUCCAACAGUAACUUCCCUCCCGGAAGCGAUAUCAACACUAACCCAAACAAACACAUACUACGACUACACCAUCACCGCCGUCGAAAAAUUAUACCCCUCCGGCGUCGGAACAGCAAUCAACGUCAACGCAGGCUAUUAUGACAAUUACUACAGCUCCGAUUACAAACAUACAACCGUCUUCGUGGUCGAUUUGACCUACACCGCGCCCACAGGAUGCUCAUCUACAUGGACCACCACGACAGCCGCAACCCUGAGCGCUCUACCUGCUACACUUUCCGCCCUGUUGCCCAGAACAAAGACUUCUGUCUCGCUAUCCGUUGAUACGAGCGUUGCUUUUCAACCAACGACUUACACAUAUGAUCAAGUCUGGGUAGAGCCGACACAAGUCCCGGCUAGUUCGCUCGCUUCACUGCGCAAUGAAAAUUACCCCUCCAGUCUUUAUGGAGCGGGAUCUAAUUGUUACUAUCACUCCUCCUACGUCGACAGCACUGGUUCCACUACCGAUAGGUACGAUCCCAAUACAGGCUUAAGCUCAGGCCCUGGCUCUACCACUUUUACCUCUGGCACUUCCUCCGAUUCUGACUCCGGCACCAGUAGUUCAUCCUACCCAUACAAUUACUACGGCUACGGCUACUGGGACGAAUACGACGAAUGGAACGGCAAAUACUACAGCGGAAUAAGUCUCCUAGCAGUCAUCCUAAUCAGCGUUCUAGGCUGGAUUGGGGUGUGGUUCCUAGCCGGGAUCUUAGAAGCAUUUAUUCGAUUCCGCCGUCUAAUGCUAGGCUGGCAAACUCGUCGAGGAUUGCCGGUUUGUUGGGCUAUGACUAUUCUUCCGCUGUCGUUGUGUUGUCUUUGGGGAUUUAGAAAGGGGUAUAGGGCUCGGUCGGUGGAUGAUGCGGCUAUUUUGAAAGAGAGGUGGGAGAAGAUGGGAUUUUGGAAGAAGUUUUGUCUGUUUUGGGUUUGGGGUUUCAGGUAUAAGUAUCCUACUGUUUUGGGGCCUGCGCCGCCACAGGUUAGGGUUUCUAAGAGGCCUGGAUAUGCUUGGGGUGGGUAUGGGUAUGGCAAUGCGGAUGGGGUUCAUCCUGCGCCGCUGCUGGGGCCGGAGGCCAGUUUGAGGUCGAAUGGGAGUUUGCAGGGGAGUGCGAGGGGACUUGCUCCGGUGAAUACAGCUCCGGGGAUGGCGCAGGUUCAUACUCAGACUCAGGUUCCUGCUCACGGUCAGGGUCAGCAGCCUUUGCAGCCUUUGCCUAGAGCUGUUGUACCGGAGGCGUCGGGGGCGCUGCCUGAGGGUGAAGGUGAAGGUCAGGGGGGAGUUGGACAGGCCCAUUCUCGUUAA